AGAGAGGUUGAUGCCGAACAUGGAUGUAACGCACCAUCCAUUUCCAAAAGCAGAAAGCAAAGUUGAUUGACUAUGCCUGCCGGUCUUUGAUUUCGAUUUUCGAACGCACAUUCAUUUCGCCAAUAAAUACCAAAACUAAAAAAAUGAACAAGAAAGCUUUGUCCAUUUUGAUGCGCGCCAGAAUGAAGCCCAACCUUUCUCUCUCUCCUCUCUCUCUAACUAACGCGACGAGUCAAUUGCAGCAGCAGAAUUCCCGCCAAAAUGAAUCUCCAGGUGAAGGAAAUUCACCGCCUAAUGACUCCGCCAACUCCGAGAGAGAGUUUAAGCGUGUGCGUGCCUCAAUGCACUCUGCUAUAUCUAUGAACAAAACAGAAGUUCUGGAUGACGUGCUUAAUAGUUUCUCGGAGGGUUAUUUUAGCCUUUCUCGUGUAAACCGUCGCAACUUGCUCCUUGUUCUUGCUAGAGAGUAUGAUCUCAAUAGAUCACAAGUUCGUGAACUGAUAAAUCAGUACCUUGGACUUGAACUUCCUGCUGACAAAGCUCAAGUGAGUGGCUUCGAAGAUGAAGCCUUGUUUUCUCCUUUUCAUCGGAUUGAGAGGAAUUUGAGGCAUGCCCUUCAGCCAGUUUAUGAAAUUCUCUUUGAGCGUCUCAACACUCAUCCUGGAGGGUUGAGGAUCUUAACCAUUGUUCGAGCAGAUAUCCUAUCUAUUCUUGCAGAGGAGAAUAUUGCAUCUCUGAGAGCAUUGGAUUCUAAUUUAAAGGAAAAACUUAUUACGUGGCUUAGUCCUGCUGCCUUAGAGCUUCACCAGAUUACAUGGGAUGAUCCUGCUUCUUUGCUGGAGAAAAUUGUUGCUUAUGAAGCUGUGCACCCAAUUAGCAACCUUCUAGAUCUUAAGAGAAGGCUGGGAAUUGGCCGUCGUUGUUUUGGAUAUUUACAUCCAGCAAUUCCUGGUGAACCCCUAAUUUUCAUUGAAGUUGCACUACUGAAGGAUGUUGCUCAAACUAUACAGGAAGUUUUGUGGGAUAGUCCUCCUAUAUCUGAAAAUGAGGCAACAUGCGCCUUGUUCUACUCUAUAUCAUCAACUCAGCCUGGCUUAGCAGGGAUCAACUUAGGAAAAUUUCUUAUCAAACGAGUUGUAACACAGGUGAAAAGAGAGAUGCCACAUAUUUCCACCUUUGCAACUCUGAGUCCCAUCCCGGGAUUCAUGUCGUGGCUGUUAUCCAAGCUAGCAUCUCAAACAGUGCUUGCUGAAGGAGACAAUUUGUCACAACCACAAGCUGAAGGAUCCGGCUCCACUUUCUAUGAGAAUAUACUUAAACCUGGGGAAGAAGAAGCACUUAUGAGUUUACCUAAACGCAGAGAUAUUGCCACGGGAAAAAAUGGAAUGGAUGUGAUGUUCAACUUGCUUACUUCUUCAUCCUACAAGUGGAUCCAUUCGCCAGAACUUCUGUCAGCAUUAAAACCCCCUUUGAUGCGAUUAUGUGCCAGGUACCUUCUGCAAGAGAAGAAAAGAGGAAAAGCUUUGGAUUCUGUAGCAAAUUUUCACUUGCAAAAUGGAGCGAUGGUCGAAAGAAUUAACUGGAUGGCAGAUCGAUCAGAAAAAGGUCUUUCUCAAAGUGGAGGGAUCAUGGUGAACUAUGUGUAUAGGCUGGAUCACAUAGAGGAAUAUGCCCAUUCAUACUUCAGCAAUGGAGAAAUUCAUGCAUCAAGUGAUCUCCAUCGCUGUAUUGAUGUAGUGGAUACUGCUUAGUGUCGACUCAAAUUUGAUAGAAGAUAAACUUCAGCAUAUUUUCAAAGAUAUCAUGCAUGUGGUUUCGAAACGAAGCUUAUUGGCAGGGGACAACCCUUGUUACCUUUAACCUUUGCCUUUCUUUGUCUCAACCUCUUUGCUGCCAUCUGCAGCUAUAGAGCGACAAGUAAUUGUGAAGUCUGCUUGGUCGGAGCAUAAUGGAAGAUUUUAUCAAAACAAUAGGACAAAUGAAUCUAAACCUAAAACCCAGGAAGCUUGUAUCUUAGUUUGUUGAUGAUUUCUGUCUAGAGAACGGAAAUCAACUGAUUGCGUCGCUAAUCCAAUUCUUUGGCAAAAUAUGGUAGGGGAUACCUUGCUAAAAUUCCCGAGCUACCUUAUUUGGUCAUAAGAUGAUGGAGGGGUUACUCUUGCACGAGAGGUGGAUAGGAGAAAAGUUAUAAUGAAUAGUUCAUGCUUGUAAACCUCAAGCUAUACAACGUGAUGUAAUGUUUGUAUUUACUAUACUGACAACAGACCCUAUAUCUUAGUGAAGAAGGUGCCACUACCUGUGAAAUUUAGUUGUGUUGGUUGGAGGUCAUGAAGUGUAAACUAUCGCAGCAAAAAUCGUUCCUUGAACAUUGAGGAUUGAAGGUAA